ACAAAUUUCAUGUCCCUGUUCUAAGAAGGUCGUUUGUUUGUGAAGAUUUCUUAUCUGGGAUCUCUCUCUUCCUCACUCUCUUAAAAGAAAAAAUGAAAAUAAAAGUAAAAAGCUUUCUCUCUCUAAAUAUUCUUUGAGAGAGAAAGAGAGUGGCCCAGCAGAUCGAAAUCUCCUCCUUUUCUUCAAUCUGGUCACGAUCUAAGCUCCUUCAAUGGUGUUGCAAAAACACCCACUUUGUUGUUUGUUGAAUAAUUAUUGGUAUUAUUUUCUCUAGCUGCUUUGGUAUCAGUGGUGAGAGUCCGGGACUCCGAAUUUUCCAUGAUGGGUAGUUUCCGUUGAAUGAAUCAAUUGAUGCAGGAUUCUUGUGGAGGGAGGUGAUAGGAGGAUGUGGGUCUGAGGAAUGGGAACAAAAGUGCAUUGUAAAAGUUAUUUGCCAGGAUUUUACCCAAUGAGGGAUCUUAACGAGAAUUCUAACAGCUGUAGCUGGCCAUAUUAUGGUGAUAAAACCAUGGUAAAUGGGCAGUAUUAUAAUGCUUUCCUGCCCAGGGCUGCCACAGAUCUGUAUCCAGGUUAUGACAAGGAUGUAGUGAAGCAGACAAUACUCAAGCAUGAGGAAACAUUCAGAACUCAGGUCUAUGAACUUCACCGCCUUUACAGAAUACAGAAGGAUUUGAUGGAUGAAUUCAAGAGAAAAGAACUACAUAAAAACGUUAUGCCUGUUGAGACAUUAUUUUCAUCAAGCCCCUUAGCUUCUCAAAUUACAUCGGGAGAUGCUCAGAAAUGGUAUAUCCCCAGCUUCCCUCCAGAAAAAUCUGUUUCUGCUAGACCAUUUGUUUCAGGUGUUGAGGACAUUCAUUCUCCUUUGAGUUCUAUGAAAGGAAAUGGCACACAAGUUGGUCCUUUUCCAUCCCAAAAUGGGGGUAGUUCAAAGGAUUUAGAGGUGCUGGACUCCAGACCCACGAAGGUCAGGAGAAAAUUGAUUGAUCUUCAACUUCCAGCUGAUGAAUACAUUGAUACUGAAGAAGGGGAACAGUUCAGUGAAGAAAAAGCUUCUAGUAUGUCGAGUCAUCAUUCUAAUAUAAAUCAUACGGUAGCCACUGAUAAUGGCGUAAAGCUGUUUCUUGGCGAUGGUGGGAAGAGUGGCUUUCAAGGAGAUGCUUUGAAACCUGAUAUGUGUUUAGAGAGCAGAAAUGGUUUGGCUGACUUGAAUGAGCCUAUUCAGGCUGAAGAAACAAAUGCUUCUGGACAUGUAGAUCUUCUGGGCCAGGUUGUCUCUUACCGUGAGACUAGAGGCCUGGAUCUGUCUGCUAAACCUAACUUGCAGUUUCAAAGUUUGCCAAAGGGAAUUUCACUCAACUCCUACCAUGGAAGUGAUAAUGGGACUCGAAACAGUUGGCACUUAGAGAGCAGUGGAAAUGGAAAAGGGUGGUUUGACCAUGUGCUUGAAGCAGGGCACAGUAAAAGUGACUUGAAAUCUGGUUCUCAAGUUCUCCAACCAGAAGUAUCUUCCCAGCCAAUGCAAGUUUUGCUUAAAGUUCAUGAACCUUCUGCUUACCAUCUAACUGAUCAAAGCAAGAUCGGAUUGUGGAAUGAAAGAACAGUGUGCGCUUCAGAAACCCCGGAUAGAAGUCAUGAAAUCUCCAGCAAUAAGCAUCUGGGGUCAAUGGUGACUUCCCAUAUGCCCAGCCCAUAUCCUAUUGUUCCUUCGUCUGAUUUGGCCAAGUCUUGGUCUCACUCAGUUUCAUCUUGGGAAAAACAAGGUAGCUCCUUAAGCCAGAAGUCAAUAUCAGGUCAAAAACAACCAUGUUUGAACUCAUCUGCUGCUUCAUUGAGUAAGAGUUGUCAGUCAUCAGUGCAGAGCAAUGGAUUUUUUGGAGAUGCAUGGCAUCUUAAGAGCAAUUCUAGCUGUAACCCGGGUUCUGGAAAUGAAGCGCCUAACAGAAAUGGAUUUUACCAGGGGUCAUCAUCUGGGUCCAAGGAACUAUCGGUUCACCUCCCUUCAAUCAGCUAUGAUUAUCUGAACUGUGUUAAUGAUCCUAACAGAGCUCCAGAUCAAUUCAGCAAUAAUAGUUUUGUGAAGUACUCUAAGGGUUCAGAUUACAUGGACAUGAAAUCUGUGAAAGAUGAGUGCUUGAAUGUGGUUCUUCCAAACCAUUCAUCCAACAAAGUAGCUCCCAGGCAAGGUUUUGAGAUCAUAGAUGGAGGACAGAAGCAUGAAGACCAUCUUUCAGUCUUGCCAUGGCUCAGACCUAAGCCUUCUUCUAAGAAUGAGACCUCCAAUGUUGGGAGAGUUUUAAACACAGAGGAGCUGAGUUUCCUGCAAUCUUCACCAAGUCAGGUGUCCAACAAAAAGGAGAUGGAAAAGGGAAUUAAUCACAUUUUCCCCCCGAACAUAAAACUGGUUUCUUGUUCUAAUGAUGUUGAGAUCAAGAGGAUUGAAAUAGGUGACUACCCAACUAAUAGAAAAAUUCUUGGGUUUCCAAUAUUUGAGAAGUCUCAUAUUUCUGAAAAUGAGUCUUGUUCUUUCACCUCCCCCUCUAUGUCCCUUCCUCUCCCAUUAAAAGGUGAAGUUGUGGAGAAUAACAGGAAAAACAGAGACCUUGAUAUGAACUUGCCUUGUGAACCUGCAGUUCCCGACUUUGGUCAGACAGCGGAAGUUUUUGUCAAAGAUAAGAAAACAGAUGCAAAUGUUUCUAUUUUCAGACAUAACAUUGAUCUGAAUUCCUGUAUAAGUGAUGAUGAAGCAUCCUUGUUACCUUCUAUUCCAAGCACUAACGUGAAGAUUACGGCAGGGAUAGAUUUAGAAGCCCCUGUAGUUGCUGAGACUAAGGAGGAUGCCACUCAUGGAGAUGCUGCCGAAAAGCAGCAUGAUGCUCCUUUGCAACUAGAACAACACAAUAUUGAGCACCCACAGGAUGAACUUAUGAUGGUAGCAGCAGAGGCAAUCAUUUCCAUCUCAACAUCAGGUUUGCUCGAUCAGUUUAAUAAUGUUACUUGCAAUCCAUCAGCAGCUACUAUGACAGACCACCUUAAUUGGUUUGCGGAGAUAGUUUCCUCAUAUGGACAAGACAUUGAGGGCAAGUCUGAUGCUGUUUUGAGAGUCAAAGAUGGUGAUGACAAUGAAGAAGAAGGGAGUGAUUACUUUGAGUUGAUGACAUUAAAACUAAUGGAGACCAAGGAAGAAGAUUAUAUGCCUAAACCUCUGGUUCCAGAAAGCUUAAAGCUGGAGGAAACUGGAACUACUGUAUUACCAAAUCGGCCCCGAAAGGGCCAGGCAAGGAGGGGGAGGCAGAGGAGGGACUUCCAAAGAGACAUCCUUCCAGGCCUUGCUUCUCUUUCAAGGCAUGAGGUAACAGAAGAUCUUCAAACGUUUGGCGGGCUAAUGCGAGCAACAGGUCAUUCGUGGCAUUCAGGGUUAACGAGGAGGAGCUCUACCAGGAAUGGAUGUGGGAGGGGGAGGCGACGGUCAGCAGCGAGUUCCUCACCUACCAUGCCAACAAGCCCAGCUUGCACUCCACUUAUACAACAGCUUAAUAACACUGAAGUGGGACUGGAGGAUAGAAGCCUAGCAGGGUGGGGGAAGACGACUAGACGACCCCGCCGGCAGAGAUGCCCCGCAGGUAAUCAUGCAUUGAUCCCUUUAACCUAGUGGUGGAAAGAAGCUGCGAUUUAUUCAUUUAGAAUUUUAUAGAGGGAGGUAAGGAGUUGUUUCUUUGGCAGCCCCGCCGGGAGAGGGAGUGUUGUGGAGGAGGGUGGGUAAGAUGGUUUUGAGCCAUGGGGACUGCCUUUGUACAUUUCUUGACCCAAAAUUUGGGCUUGCUUGAUUAUCUACCUUUGAAUGUUCACCUACUUUGUAUUAUCAGAAAUAAUGUUGUAUGAUUUCUCCCGGCAUAUAUAACAGCAUUCCUUCACUCAUAUGUUCACAGUCA